CCCCCCCCCCCCCUCCCACCCGGAGGUGUGGAGUGCAGCAUGACUAGCUGUCACUACCCCAGCGCCACCCCUGAGAGGGAGCGGAUGUACCAGCACAAGGUCUCCCUGGUGGUGCGCUACUUCAUGAUCCCCUGCAACAUCUGCCUCAUCCUCCUCGCCACCUCCACCCUGGGCUUCGCCGUGCUCCUCUUCCUCAACAACUACAAACCUCCCUUCACCCCAACGCCGCCCCCGGAUGGCUGCCGCGGGGUGCUGUGUGGUUUCGGGGCGGUGUGCGAGAAGACCCCGGCGGACCCCUCCAAGGGCGAGUGCGUGUGCAAGAAGACGGCGUGCCCCUCGGUGGUGGCGCCCGUGUGCGGCUCCGACUCCUCCACCUACUCCAACGAGUGCGAGCUGGAGAAGGCGCAGUGCAGCACGCAGCGGCGGCUGAAGGUGGUGCGCAAGGGGCCCUGCGCCCUGAAGGACCCCUGCAGCGAGGUGACCUGCAGCUACGGCAGCACCUGCGCGCAGUCGUCCGACGGCCUCUCGGCCAAGUGCAUGUGCCCGCUGAGCUGCGGCGCGCCCGCGGAGCCGCCCGUGUGCGGCAGCGACGGCAGGGACUACCCCAGCGAGUGCGAGCUCCACAAGCAGGCCUGCGCCGAGCAGAAGAACGUCCGCAAGCAGCACCAGGGACCCUGCGACCCUUGUAAGGACACGGGGAACAACCUGAACAUCGCGUGUCGGGUGGAGGCCCACAGCCGCCGCGCCCUGACCUUCGCCCUCCCGGCGUCCUGCCCGCCGGGCGGCGAGCCGCUGUGCGCCAGCGACGGGCAGACGUACGACGGCGAGUGCCGCAUGCAGCGGACCGCCAUGCUGAAAGGGGUGGAGCUCCGGCAGAUCCACCCGGGCAGGUGCAAGAAGGAAGAGGAGUGCAAGGAGGAUUGCCAGUUCAACGCCGUGUGCGUGGUCGAGGCCAGGGCACAGCGCUGCUCCUGCGAGCCAAUCCAGUGCGACGGGACCUACAAGCCCCUGUGCGGCAAGGACGGGCGCACCUACGACAACGACUGCGAGCAGCGCCUGGCGGAGUGCCAGACCAAGACCCACAUCCCCGUCAAACACAAGGGCCCGUGCGAUCUGCACGUGCCCAGUCCGUGCCGGGACAAGAGCUGUGAGUUUGGGGCGGUGUGCGUGGUGCAGGACGGGGAGCCGGUGUGCGAGUGCCCGGGCGCCUGUGCCCAGACGGGGGACCCCGUGUGCGGCAGCGACGGCCAGACCUACGGCAGCCAGUGCGAGAUGAAGGCCAUGGGCUGCGCCCUGCAGAAGGAGAUCCACAUCCAGCACAGAGGCCCGUGCGCGGAGACCUGCCGAAACUGCUCGUUCGGGGCGAUCUGCGACGGGCAGACGGGGCGCUGCGUGUGCCCGACCGAGUGCGUGGACUCCCAGCAGCCCGUGUGCGGCAGCGACGGCCACACCUACGACAACGAGUGCCUGCUGAACGUGCUGGCCUGCACGCGGCAGCGCGACCUGCGCGUGGUCAGCCCGGGAGAGUGCAGAAGCUGUGGCGGCGAGGUGUGCGCGUGGGGCGCCCGCUGCGUCCAGAACAGGUGCGAGUGCCCGCCCUGCCCCGCGCUGCCCAUCGCCCCCGUGUGCGGCAGCGACGGCAACACCUACGACAACACCUGCCAGCUGAACGCCGCCGCCUGCAAGCUGAGGAAGAAGAUCGCCGUCGCGCGGAGCGGGAACUGCGACGAAGAGUGUGGGUCUGGCGGUUCUGGCUCCGGGGGGGACAGCACCUGCGAGCAGGACCGGUGCCGGAGGGUGGGGGGCUCCUGGGACGAGGACGCCGAGGACGACCGCUGCGUGUGCGACUUCAGCUGCCACAGCGUGCCGCGCGUCCAGGUGUGCGGCUCGGACGGACACACCUACGACAGCGAGUGCGAGCUGAAGAAGGCCAGGUGCGAGAAGCAGGAGCAGCUGGAGAUCCAGGGCCAGGGGCCGUGCCCAGCUACGCCCCCACCUGGCUUGACUCAGCAUUGUAGUCAGACCGUGUAUGGCUGUUGUCUUGACAACACAAUGGCUGCUCUUGGCGUGGGACUGGCUGGCUGCCCCAGUACCUGUAAGUGUAACCCGUACGGCUCGUACGGGGGCGCGUGCGACCCCACGAGCGGGCAGUGCUCCUGCAAGCCGGGCGUCGGCGGGCAGAAGUGCGACCGCUGCGAGCCGGGGUUCUGGAACUUCCGCGGCAUCGUCACGGAGAGCACCAGCGGCUGCACGCCGUGUAACUGCGACGCCCUGGGCUCUGUGAGGGACGACUGCGAGCAGAUGUCGGGCCUGUGCUCCUGCAAGGCGGGCGUGAAGGGCGUCAAGUGCAGCGUGUGUCCGGACGGCAGCCAGAUGAGCGCCAGCGGCUGCGAUAAAGGUCCCGACGCUCCCGCGUCCUGCGACGAGAUGGAGUGCAAGUUUGGCGCGUCCUGUGUGAAGGUCAACGGCCAGGCCCACUGCGAAUGCCCCUCCCCAGACUGCGACAAGGAAAAGAAGACCAAGGUGUGCGGCUCGGACGGGGUGACCUACGCCGACCAGUGCCAGCUGAGGACCAUCGCCUGUCGCCAGGAUCAGGACGUCACCGUCAAGCACCCCGGCCAGUGCUCAGAGACCGGUCUGCCCCCUGGGCCAACAGCCAGCCCCACACCGUCCCCAACCACCCUCUUCACCACACCCUCCGUCACCCAUGCCAAGGAUAUGGUUACGGAGGUCACCGGGAAACCCUUGUCUACGAAGCCCCUUGUACCGAGGAGGAUGGACAAGCCUAUAGCCAUCACCACCUCAGAGCCCGCCACCCAGCCCACGCUGUCCCAGACCACGACCUCUCCUCCAGAGACCACCCCUGGCCCCAGCCCCAGCCCCUCCCCCACCCCCUUCGAUGGGUCUGGCAGCGGGGAUCCCAGUGGUGACGACGAUGCAGAGGGUAGCGGCGAAAAGGAGGCUAGCGGGGAGGAGCCAGCCGACCAAACCGGAGAGGAGACCACGCCCCCUGACCCCAAGGUCCGCUCGUCCUGCGACAACAGCCCCUUCGGCUGCUGUCCCGACGGCAUCACGCCCACCAGCGACUCGGAGGGAAGCAACUGUCCCCCCACCGUGAAGUUCGGCGGCUUCCUGCACCUGGACCAGGUGGAGGGCCAGGAAGUCUUCUACACCCCGGAGAUGGAGGACCCCAAAUCUGAGCUUUUUGGGGAGACUGCCCGUAGCAUUGAGAGUGCUCUGAAUGAGCUGUUCCGAAAAUCACAUGUUCAGAAGGAUUUCAAGAGUGUCCGGGUCAGGAGUUUGGCCCCCAGCAAUUCCAUCCUGGCGUUUGUGGAGGCCCACUUUGACCCAGACACCAGGUACGCUGUGGAGGAAAUCGAGGGGGCUCUGCUCAAACAGCUGAAGUCUGCCAAGGAGGCGGCCAUAGUUGUGAAGAAGCCAGUGGCGGAAAAUAUCCAUUUCAGUAACAAUGCUCUUCCCUUUUUCACCACCACCACAAUCACCAUGGCAACGUCAACCGCAACAGUGCCCACCACCCCCGGGGCCCCCACCGCAGCCCUGACCACGCGCCGCCCGGGCACCACCAGCUGGCUGGGCACCACCCGUCGCCCCCCGCCCCCCGGCCGCAGGACCACCACGGCCGCCCAGAUGACCACGCCCCACGCCACCACCUCGCCGCCGCUCACCACCCCUCCCCCGAGGACCAGGCUGGUGCCCGCGCGCAGGAAGCCCUCGCAGCCGUGCGACUCGCACCCCUGCCAGCACGGGGGCACCUGCGAGGACGACGGGGCCGACUUCGCCUGCAUCUGUCCCGCGGGGAGGGGCGGGGCCGUGUGCGAGAAGGUCAUUAAAUACUUCAUCCCGUCCUUUGGGGGGAAGUCCUACCUGGCCUUCACGACCAUGAAGGCCUACCACACCGUCCGCAUCGCCAUGGAGUUCCGCGCCUCGGAAACGACCGGUCUGCUGCUCUUCAACGGUCAGAACGGCAAAAAAGACUUCCUGUCUCUGGCGCUGGUGUCCGGCUACGUGCAGCUCAGGUUCAACACGGGCUCGGGGACGGGCACGCUGCAGAGCUCGGUGGCGGUGCGGCCGGGCCGCUGGCACCACCUGGAGGUGACCCGGAACCGGCGCAGCGGCGCGCUGCGGGUGGACGGCGAGGACCCGCCCGUGGAGGGGAAGAGCCCGCCGGGCACCGACGGCCUCAACCUGGACACCGACCUCUUCAUCGGGGGCGCGCCGGAGGACAUGGCUCAGGACGUGAAGGAGCGGACCGCCGUCUCCACGGGCCUGGUGGGCUGCGUGCGCAUGCUGGACGUGAACAACAUGGUGUACAACCUGCAGGAGAAGGGCGGCCAGGUGCUGUACGGCUCUGCGGUGGGCGAGUGCGGCAACGACCCCUGCCUGCCCAACCCCUGCAAGAACGGGGCGUCCUGCCAGGUCAAGGAGGCCGAGAUGUUCCACUGCAAGUGCGCCAGCGGGUUCUCAGGUCCCACGUGUGCGGACACCCACAACCCAUGUGACCCGAAUCACUGCCAUCCCUCCUCUCAGUGCAAGGUCCUGCCAGAGGGCGGGUACAAAUGCGAAUGUCCAAUGGAGCGUGAGGGAACGCACUGUGAAAGAGUAUCCAAGACAGACAAGAAUGAGGCCUACAUGCCGUCCUUCAAUGGGGACUCCUACCUGGAGAUGAAAGGCCUGCACACCUUUGGCCAUGACCUGCAAGAAAAGGUGAACAUGACGGUGGUUUUCUUAGCCAACGACUCCAACGGCCUCAUCUUCUACAACGGGCAGAAGGACGACGGAAAGGGAGACUUCAUCUCCCUGGGGCUCAACGACGGCAUUCUGGAGUUCCGUUAUGACCUGGGCAAGGGCCCAGCAGUCAUCAGGAGCCGGGAGAAAGUCAAGCUGAGCGCGUGGAACACGGUCAAGCUGGAGCGCGUCAGCCGCAAGGGGGAGAUCAGCGUCGACGGCGGCGAGCGCGUCCGGGGGGAGUCGCCGAAAUCGCGAAAGAACUACAACAACGCUCUCAACCUGAAGGAGUCUCUGUAUGUGGGCGGGGCUCCAGAUUUCAGCAAGCUGGCCAGAGCGGCCUCUCUUAGCAGUGGCUUCAAAGGCGCUGUGCAGAAGAUCAUACUUAUGGGCAUCCCAAUCUUGAAGCGAGAGAACGCGCUGAGCUCUAGUGAUGUGUCCACGUUCCCCCACCACCCCUGUGCUCAAGGUGUCUGCAAGAACGGGGGCCAUUGCCUACCCCAGUUGGAGGGCUACGAGUGCGUGUGCAAGCAUGGUUUCUCUGGGACGGACUGCAAAAACGGAAUUGUUGAGAAGUCAGCGGGGCAGGCGGAUUCCAUUGCCUUUGAUGGCCGGACAUUCAUCGAAUACCAUAACGCGGUUUCCAAGAGUCCUGAGUCAUCUCAGAGGCUACCAGACAAAAGCGAGAAGGCGAUGCUGACCAACGCGUUUGAGCUGAGCAUCAAGACGGAGGCGACGCACGGCCUGCUGCUGUGGAGCGGGAAGGGCACGGAGCGCUCCGACUACAUCGCCCUCGCCGUGGUGGACGGGCGCGUGCAGAUGACCUUCGACCUGGGCUCCAAGCCCGCGGUGCUGCGCUCGUCCGUGCGCGUCGACACCAACCGCUGGACACGCAUCAAGGCCAGCCGGACGCUGAGAGAUGGCUUCCUGCAGGUUGGUAAUGAGGCUGCAGUCACAGGGUCAUCCCCCCUGGGGGCCACACAGCUGGACACAGAUGGGGCUCUCUGGCUGGGUGGCCUGCAGAGGUCCUCAGUGGUCCGCCGUUUGCCGAAGGCGUACAGCACGGGCUUCACUGGCUGCGUGAGGGACGUCACUGUGGACGGCGUGGAGCUCCACCUGGUGGAGGACGCCCUGAACAGCCCCAGAAUACUACACUGUUCCGCCAAAUAGCCUGCCGCCACCUCCCCAUGCACGCCACGUCAACAACUGCUGUAAUUAUUUUCUAUUUUUGUAUACUUUUCAUUGCUUUUUAUAUAUUGAAAAAAAAUACAUUGUCUUUAAGUUUGUCUUAAUUUUUUUUUUUGUUUUCAUUUUAUAUUGCUCUCGUUUUGUCAAUAUGUUUUUGUUUGGUUUUUUUGUUUGUUUUUAAACGCUCCUCUUUGCCUACACGAUCGUUUUUUCUUUUCUUUUCUUUUUUUGAAUGAGUGUCACGGCUGCACAUGGUGUCGAAACAAAAGUCUGGCAUAGUUUUUAUUGCUUUUAAAGACAAAAAGAGAAACAUUGCUCUUUACUUGAACUGUGGUGCACGACGCUGGUGCUGGUGUUUUUUUUCUGUUGCCUUUUGGUGCUGUAGGUUCCUCUUUGCUUUUGUAAAUGUGGCGUAAAUACAUUCCCUGUGUGAACAGCCGCUACAGUAUAUCGGUUACGCAGUCUACACAUAUCACAGCCAAGAGUAUUGCAUGAGGGAAACAGUGUCUCCACACUUUGCUUGUGCCACUUUUACUUUUACGUACUCUAGAUAAACCGCCUCUGUUUAAAAAGUCAGAGCAAGGAAAAUGCGUGUAUGUUUUUUAACUUAGUUUUUUUUUUUUUUUUUGUAGUUCUAGUUUCAGUGCAUCUGACCGCUGAGGCACUUAGCGCCCUCUGUUCCUCAACAAUCCUCAUCACUGUCUUCAUUUACGCUGUGGAUCAUCAGCUUGAUCUGAGCACGUGCGGCAAAACGGCCGACUGACAUGGCACAUCAUCUGCGUUUUGCUACAGAUUAGCCGCAGAUGAUAGACGCACACCUGCCACAGUGAAUAUGCUAUGCUUAUUCUCGGGUUCACCUUGACAUGCAGGUGUUGAAGUGUCCAUGGGGGGAAACCGUAACUCAGCCAACUGAACCAUUCAUCUGCAUGCUGCUCUUUUCUUCCAAUUUCAUGUUUUGCUUUUUUUAAAAUUCCAAAACAUUUUUAUGACUUCUUGUAGAAAAAGCUCCUUAAAUGUUCUGGCAGUAUACAUAUCAAAAAACAUUGUUAUGGACUUUUUUUUCUCCGUAUAUUAUCUGCAUGUUCGAAGUGGCAGCAGAGCCUGGGGAUAUAACAACUUCUUCUUUUUUUCAGUAAAAUUACGACUUCGAAUUGUGCCAUAAUAAGUGAAAUGUGAUUUUAUGUCACCAGGGGGCACUGUCGUACACGCUAAACAGAGCACAACUAGUGGAAAGGAAGAGAGCCGUUCAGCGGUGCAGAAAAGUUGUCCGUUUUUAUGAGGGAUGAGUCGACAUACUCAUCGAGGAGAUGACCGCGUUUCAAAAACACCUUUUUUAACGAAAGAUCACCCUAGAUUGGUAAAACAGCAUCCCCAUAACCAGUGAUUAUUUUGUUUUGUUUUGUUUUUUUAAUAGCAGUGACAAUGAAUAAGCACAGUAAUGCACAUGCUGUGCAGGUAUGUUUGAUAACCAUUGUGAGGAGAGGUGCAGUGUGUGAGUGUGUGUUCAGCCACCUCAAAAUGCAUGUCCUGACUAAACCUAUGUCCAGGUCUGUUUUAAGGAAAAUACAGAGAAGAGUCCUGCCAGUAAGUGGAUCGAACACUUAAUCCCAAUCGACAGCCUGGUGAACAACUCUUAUUUUUCAUCUUCCAAUGCAUAUUUUAAGUUUUUUUUUUUUUUAAAUAUAUUUUCCCCUUUAGAGAUGUAAAAGAAAGCCUUUUGUACAGCUCUGCAAUUUGAGAUGUAAAUGAACAAUGUAUAACUGUGGAGAUCCUUUUUUUAGUGUUAUACACUGGAACCAUGUUGAACAUGCUAGAAUUCACUAAACUUACAGUACUUCAAUGUUCCUGUAUCAGUGUGAGGGAAGGGAUUGGGCAGGGGUUUCAAAAAACAUAUUUAUGUAUCUAUAUUUUAGGGUCAUUGAGUGGGAUUCCGGUUUGCAAGACUAAAACUACAGGGGAAAUUUUCAUUUUAUAUUGGCUAUGAGGGGCGAUUAUUCCAGCACUGUGCUCUAUACAUAGUAUGCUGUUGAAAUUAGUAUUGCAAGCAAGCAAAAGCAGCAACUUAAUUUAAUGAUUUUUUAAAAUAUAAAUAUAUUCUCAUUGUUGUCCUUUUUUAAUGUACCUUCUAUAGCUGUGGAUAUUAUGAAAUUCCUGUGUACUAGGAGUAUUAUUUGGAGAGAGAGAAAAAAAAUAAAUCACUGGAGCUCAAGGAAUAUGGGUAAGUGUCAUUACAGAAAUAGGACAGGUGAUGGGAUUAAAACUGUCUCAGAAAUGCCUUAAAAUCAACAGAUCACCCUGACACAGUGACUCAAGUCAGUGUCUACUUUUCUGUACGCUUACCAGUAUAUUAGUCUUCUAUUGGUAGCUAAUCAUGGUCAAUAUUUUUAUGAACGAUUAUCUAUAAGGGACUGAAAAUGAAUAACUUUUUUUUUCCAGGUUCCUUAUUUCAUGUCUUUGUGUGGAGUUCCAGUCUGGCCUUUGUAAACUACUGUUUAAAAUACUGAAAUAUACCUGAAGGAAUACCUGCACAGAAUAAGAACGGCAUGAUGAUACAAUUACUAACUUUAUUACUUGUGUCUUGUGUUCCUACCACCAUGAAAUAAAGUGUCAAAAAACAA